AGCCCUUCAUAGAGUCAGCAGAAGAAGAGAGAGCUGACAGCAGAGCAGCAACACAGGACAGAUUAUUAUUAUUACUGAAUUUUCGCCACUGUCUUAAAUAUUUUAUAUUAUAUAUAUACACACAUACAUAUACGUUAUUCUUUUUAUUUCCAGCCAUGGAGUUGUCUGAAAUACUGUACAACAAAGCGGAGUACAUUGAGACGGCUUCUGGCAACAAAGUGAGCAGACAGUCAGUGCUAUGUGGGAGUCAAAACAUCGUACUCAAUGGCAAAACCAUUGUGAUGAAUGACUGCAUCAUCAGAGGAGACCUGGCUAAUGUCAGGGUGGGCAGACACUGUGUGGUGAAGAGCCGGAGCGUCAUUCGACCACCUUUCAAAAAGUUCAGCAAAGGAGUGGCGUUCUUCCCGCUGCACAUCGGAGACCACGUCUUCAUCGAGGAGGACUGUGUGGUCAACGCAGCGCAGAUUGGUUCCUACGUCCACAUUGGCAAGAACUGCGUAAUAGGUCGUCGCUGUGUGCUGAAGGACUGCUGCAAGAUCUUAGACAACACUGUGCUCCCUCCUGAGACCGUGGUGCCGCCUUUUACCGUCUUCUCUGGAUGCCCAGGUCUCUUUUCAGCAGAGCUCCCAGAGUGCACGCAGGACCUGAUGAUAGAUGUUACCAAGAGUUACUACCAGAAGUUCCUGCCUCUCAGCCAGAUCUGAGUCCUGCUCCCAAAGCCCGUCAGCAGGAUCCACACUCUUUCCAGCCAGUGUCAGGUCAGGGUCGGGGUCUCUCAUUACAAAUGGACUCUGAGAGCUCAGCUUCUAUUCCUUCACCUCCCCAAAGGCCCCUGAGUUUCUCUGCCCAAGAACAAACAUUUGGUCCUGUAAAGAACCCUUACAUGAUUUGAGUUUUUGAGUAUGAGGAAAGCUGUUAUAGCUGCAGCCUGCAUUAGGCAAUGUUGUAUGUUUGCAGCUCCAAAUUGAAGGGAAGGUUUUGAAAAGUCUUUACUGAACUGCACACUCAUGUACACGCCCAAUGUACUGGCACUCAGUUCAAGAUAUUUAUUUCUGAUGAAUGAUUUCAUAUUCUAAUGAAGUAUGUUCAUGUAGUCUAAUACUUCUUUCUGGUCAGUGUGCUGUGGAGAAACUCAAGGAUCUCUGUGUGGCUGCCGAUAAUCACAACCUUUGCUCUCUGACAGCAGCUGUAGGGGAAGAUGAGGAUGAUGAGCUGUGAAGGGUGGAGGUGUAUUAAUACAGCCUGUAAUAUACUGUAUGACACCCAUGGACCAAUACAGCAACAACAAUGGUUGUGAUUGAGGAUGUUGGCUGUACAUGUGCAUUUUGCAUGUCCACAUUUCAUUUGGGAAACAGCAGUUACACUUCGUAUCAGCGAGUUGUUAAGAGUAUUCUGUUGUUUUACUCUUUUAUUUGAUUUCUAAUGUUGAAGAACUUGUUUGCUUUCUCCUUCACUGGUUUAUGUACUUUGUCAUAACACCAAUUUAUUACCGUGUUGAUUUUUAUUUCAUUAUGUUUCAAAUUAUCAACUGCAAUGUUAAUUUGAAUAUGUUGAUGUGUGCAGGACAGAUCCAUGUGCUUUGUCUUUUUCUGUAAACAAACAAUAGCCAGAGCCAACUUCUAAGAAAGUGCAGCAAUUAAAUAAAUGUAAAUGCUUGAAAAUCUGCCUCAAAUGGACUCUGCUCUGUCUGCUCUACAAUUAAAAGAAAAGCAGAUCACCAGUUAA